AUGGAUGCAAAGGAUCAACGUUGGAACCUCGCAACGACAAACUAUCCUGAGAAGAUAGUUUAUCUUGGCCUCGGUAACCACAGCUUGAAUGUGAUGGUGGGAGACACAUGGGGAGCAUUCACCAUUUUUCACCUCGGAAACUUUACUGUGGAAAUGCCAGCGAAAGAUGAAUUUGAUGGAAGUGAGCAAUUGCUUAAUAAGUUAAAUGGAGAAGGUGACGUUGAUCAAAUGAACAUGUUAUCUCAAGCCCGAGCGUCUGUCAUGCAAGGAGCUCCAUGGCUCAGCCUUGAUUCUCAGGCAUUGGCUAAUCUUCCUGCAAACGAAACCGAGUCUCGUAUAUUGUCCGUGCAGAGUCUUUACACAUCCACAUUGAAGAUAAUGGCUGAGCAAGCAACUCCGGUGACGUACGGACAAAUCCUGAAUACCCUCAGCCUCCUUACCCGAGCUACAGCGGGAAUCCAAAUGAAUGAUACCAGCGCAAUAACAUUAGGACUAGAAGGAAGAGAAGCUGCGAAGACUCUUAUCGACAGUAUCAAUAAGAAUCUGGACGGCAUUGAGUUCCCAACUCAAGAAAUGGGAAUGUUAGUCCUGAAAAACCUCCUCGCAGCUGGCCCAAAUCUGAUGGGGGGAGUUCAGGGACAAUUGGAGAGUGGAAACUGCGACGUGGAGGGGAAUGUGGACAAGUCCCUUUGCUCUCCCAUAGACAAGAAACAGAGCUCCCUCGACUACGCCUUCCCACCACCCAAUAAACUGUGGAUCCAGAGUGAAGACAUGGAUAUGGCACGUUGUUGCUACAUUUUGGAUAAAGCUCAACAGGAGAGCUCUGGGCUCGGAAGCUCUAUCGCCAACGUAAUUGAUAAAGCAACUUCAAAAAUGCUGAAGGCCAUGGCUGUUGGAGAGACCUUCAACAUGGAAGUGAAGAACGGCGUUCAUUUGAAAUUGAUGAAAUCUUUUGAUAUUCAGCCUCGCCCAAUAACCUCCGAUGCUCGCAGAGAUUAUGGUGCUGCACUCCACAAGAGUGCCAUAGCAUUUGGCUCUGGAUCUUCCCUUUUGUUUCGGGCCUGCCCAGUAGACAACUGUGAUCAAAUCUUGGGCUUGGUUAUGCUGGAAACACCACAAAAUAUGCGGUCGUUUAUACACUCUGAACUGAAGAAUGGGCAGGGGAGCAAUGCAGAUCAAAUCAAGGGGGCAAAGGUUGCUACAAUUGACUUGAAAGACGAAGCAGGCGAGACUAUCCCGGUCCACAACCUCACGACUCCUCUCAGCCUGAAAAUCCCUGUGACAAAUGAGACCAGAAGCCUCGCUUCCGCCUGCACUCAAGUGAAUCCAGAGCAGGAGCUAUCUGGACGAAGAAUUCCGAUCGUGUAUCACUCGUUUUCUAAGCCAAAGAGUCAUGGACUGAUCAUCCUGAAAUUUAUGCUGAAUCCCGGAGAUGUUCCCAGCACCAAUUUCUUGAUACUUCUCCGAUCUGAUGGUCUGCCUACUCCCGUCAAGGGAAAAUUCGAUGAUUCCCCAGACUGCACUGGUGCCUUCCAAUUGAACAAACUCACGCCCAUAGGCUCCCAGGGGGAAUACACAUUCUCAGCCUGUGCAGUACCACAAGACGGGAGUGACAGUGUCGAUCUCAAGACAGAUAUGCUGACUGUUGGCGUCAUGAUGCUUAAAGUUGGCGUCGACUUCACAGACAUGCUCGAUGACGCCACUUUUGACAACAUGAUUUCAAAGUAUCUCCUUAACUUCACUACUCCCUACUGCCUGCAGAUCAUAAAUACUGCCAUGCUUUACUAUGACGAGACGAAGAAGCAGUUCAUCGACGCUGGAAUCCAGAUGACAAGUGCAAAUUUGGAAGCGAUAUCGGCCAACGUGACGCACUUGACGACCUUCGGAGGCGGAUUCUUUGUCAUGCCUAAUACCGUGGAUUUCGCAUAUGUAUUUUCACAUGCUGGCUUUGACGACAACAUCACCAUCUACCUAUUGCUUAUUCUCACUGGUGUCAUUUACCUAGCCCUUCUCGUUUGGGCUCGUUGGCAGGAUGGGCUGGAUGUUGCACUGUCUGCAGCCAUUAGUUUUCCUGAAGCCGGGAAGUCUCCCUCUGAGAUCUUCCGGCUGCUCCAAAACAAUGGCUCCAACCGGAACAUCAUGAAACGUACUAUCAAGCAGUUCCUUGAGAUAAACUCUACCGAGGGUCGUCAUCGAUUGGGUCAAGUAAAGUCAGUGUCAACCACGGCCAACAUCAAAAGCGUUCGAUUCCGACUUCGUCGCAAUCCGAAGCAAUCGCUGAGAAAAAUUGUCCAAAUGACGAAGGUUGGAGCUUUGCCGUUGGCGGACAAUGAUCCACGAUGCAAAUAUGUCUAUGAAGUCCUUGUGUGUACUGGCGACAAGACAUGUGCUGCCACUGAUUCCGUCGUUUCUUUCAUCCUGGCUGGAGAGCAAGGAGAGAGCGAGGUGAGGACUUUCGGUAGACCAAAUCGUCCAAUAUUCCGCAAGGGAGCAGUGGAUGCCUUUGUCAUGACCACUCCUCGACCUCUAGGUCCUCUGAACUACAUGCGAAUUUGGCACGACAAUUCUGGAACUGGAAGUCGUCAAUCCUGGUUCCUGAAUGUUGUCAUCGUCAAGGAUAUUCAAACGGGAGAGAAGUAUGAGUUCGUUGCCAACAGAUGGUUUGCAGUUGAGGAGGAUGAUGGUCAAGUGGAUCGACUUUUGCCAGUGGCAGGACUGGAGGAAAAGAAAGACCCGAAAUUCUUGUUCAACACGCAUUCUCAACGGAACCUGUACGACGAGCACCUGUGGUUCUCAGUUUUCAUGAGGCCUCCACGAAGCCGUUUCACUCGAGUUCAACGUGUUUCCUGCUGCAUGGCAUUCCUCUAUCUGUCUAUGUUGACCAAUGCCAUGUGGUAUGGCACCGUGCCACAGCAUCCCACCAGCAACGCCCUUCGCUUUGGACCUUUCAUCUUAUCUACGGCGCAGAUUGGCGUGGGGAUGAUGUCAAAUCUCAUCGUCUUUCCUGCCUCGUUCCUCAUUGUCUUUCUAUUCAGAAAGGCCAGACCAAGGAAACUGAGGCCAUCCAGGAUCGAUGAGGCUCUUGAUGGAGACGCGUUUGAGAGACAUCCAGAAAGUUCGUAG